AUGAAGCAGCAGCACGGCAGCAGCAAUGAAGCAGCAGCAUUGCAGCAGCAGCAGAAGCAUUACAGCAGCAACACUGAAGCAGUAGCAGCACUGAAGCGGCAGUAUUGCAGCAGCAGCAGCAGCAGCAUUGCAACAGCAUCAUUGCAGCAGCAGCAGCACUGUAGCAGCAGUAGCAGCAUUGAAGCACCGGCAGCAUUGCAGCAGCAUUGCAGCAGCAUUGCAGCCGCAGCACUGCAGCAGAAGCAUUCCAGCAGCAACACUGCAGCAGCAGCACUGCAGCAGCAGCAGCACUGCUGCAGCAGCAGCACUGCAGCAGCAGCAUUCCAGCAGUAG